AUGGAAGGAGAAAGAGAUGUUCCUAAUUAUGAACUUCAAGUUUCAUUCACAAACACUCCUCAAACCAUCCAUGAAAUGAGUUUUGUUCAAUUUGAAGAAAAUCAAGUUCUUAGCUUCUUGUCUCCAUCUACACAAUCUCAACCUUCUCAGCUUUCUCAAUCUCUAAACUCCGGCGGUAGCUCCACCCCCGCAGCUACCGCUGCUGCCGUCUCAGCAACCACCACAGCCGCCGGAUUCAGCCCUAAUGAUCUUGUCACUAGAACUCCUUGGAAUAAUGAACAGGUGAGAACUCUAGAUCCCAAAGCUGUUGUAAGUGAUGAGAAUUGCACUGGAAAUACUAGUGAUGGCAACAACACUUGGUGGAGGAGUGGAGGAAGUGAGAAGAACAAGGUGAAAGUGAGGAGAAAGCUAAGAGAGCCAAGGUUUUGUUUUCAAACAAGAAGUGAUGUAGAUGUGCUUGAUGAUGGUUACAAAUGGAGGAAGUAUGGUCAGAAAGUUGUUAAGAAUAGCCUUCAUCCAAGAAGUUAUUACCGUUGCACACAUAACAACUGUCGGGUGAAAAAAAGAGUUGAGCGACUCUCAGAAGAUUGUCGUAUGGUGAUAACCACUUAUGAAGGAAGACACAAUCACUCUCCAUGCGACGACUCUAAUUCUUCUGAACACGAAUGUUUUACUUCUUUUUGA